ACUCAAGGUUAACUGCAAAGGAAACCGAGCGACAUUCGUUUGAGGGUAGUCUGUAGGGUCAUUCUUUAAAUAAUGUAAUGCUAUAAAAGCUCUACUAACCCCCAUUCUAGUUUUUCCUUCUUGGCUGUCUCAUCUAGUCGUAAAUUAUUCCUGUUCAUCGGUUUCCGUCUAUUAUUAAAUGCAAGUACAUUCCCUGUGCUUGCUGAUUCGACGACUCGUCUUUUUCUUCCUGACUCCCAUAAUUAUACUCUUCUGCCCAUCCUUUGCAAGGGCUUACCUACAGGUGGCUAGACGAAAAUGUAUCAACGGCAACUGGUCAUUACAUUUUGUUGAGGAAGCUGGGAUUUCGCUGACUCCUUGUAAGACCGACCUGCACUCGUCAGCCUCACAACUAUAACACUGUUAUCCUCUUCAUUAAGUGCACUAAGACCAUCCUCUUGUUGGAUACUAACUAUUUGCACGUUUGAGCCUACAGUUCUUUUGCUUAUCUUAGCUGUAGUUUUUCUUUAGCCGUUAGCGAAGGAAGCUGUUUUUGAGCUGUAGUGCUGAGUUUCCCCAGCAUCCGUUCAUUUUGAUAAUUCAUAUCAUCAAAAGAUUGACUGUUUUGUUGCUCACUUAGAUAAGUUGUUGUACGGUAGCUUAAAUGUAAACGUAUGGUAUUUGGAUCCGCAAAACACGUUUUUUCCGAUUGGGUAAUAUGCAUAAUCGACCGACCAAGUCACACACCAUACCUAGCCCAUACUUUACCCAGUUACACCCAACCAUUGUGAUAGAGCUUUCUUAUCAGACAGAGCAGUGUGACACAAAGCCAUACUCAUCUGCUUCCUAGUUUCAAUUUCGAGACUGCCUGAUAUCAUUGUGAAUUAUUACCGUUUGUCAAUUGUUGUUUAUUUACUAAAUUGUAGAUACAUUCUCUGUGCUUUCCGAGUCCUUGGGUAGUUUUCUCCUCUACUUCGAAACUUGCUCAUCAUACUUCUGUGUGAGUUCCGACCCAACAGCGAACCCACUGACUAGACGGAAACCCACCAUAAGCUGGUUGUUACAGACCAGUUACGCUCUUCAAACUUUACUGACGCACACUAGUUUCGACUUCUUAACUGAUUCAUGUAGUGAAUCAUUCCCGUUUGUCUUUUAUGAAUAAGUGUAAGUACUUUCUCUCUGCUUACUGAAAUUGACGCAUCAGGGUUUUCUCCUUUUUGCCUUACAGGUUCUUUUUUGCGUCAGAAAGCUUCCGUCGGGGACGGUUUGAAUGCCUGUAUGAGUUCGUUGUUACAAGAGUUUGUGGACACUUCAGACCAGCAGCUGGUUGUAACAGAGUGAAUAUCCGUUAUCCUUAUUGUGGACUAUAUUAAAGGACGAUUAUAUUGCGCUGAAGUCCGUUCUGACCUGUAAUACGACUGAGGGAUGGCAGUUAAAAGUGGGAGGUAUGAAGCGGUUAGGGGGGUUUGGUCAUAGAUGUCUUUGUAGCAUUGCUCGAGUUAGGUGAAAUCACCGUGGGAUCAAUGUUGAAGUCAGGCGAAAGGUAUUAGGCAGGAUAAGCAAUUCGAUUACUGAGGUUGUAAACCCUAGUUGACUGAUAUGACUUGGACAUGUUCUGCACACGCUGAGCCACCGCCCACUUCGACCUGCCAUACUAUGGGAAGUUGGAAUAGGUUGGAAGAGGAUUGAAGGUGGCCAGACCGUUACCUGCCACCAGUCGAUGAAGUCUCUGACUAUUGAUCUGAGCCGUGUGGGGAGGUGUAUACUACCUGGUUGGAGUCCUGGAAAAGAAAGCAGUCAGAAGUUGACGUCUGUUGGUUAAGCAGUUGGAAAUCCGUGACAGUGGUGCAGAUGUAUUCACUCUUUGAUAUCUAAAGUUUGAAUAUAUUCACUAACCGUUAUCUCCAGACUGUUUGCUCUCUCUCUCUCUCUCACAUCAACCCUUUUCUCUUCACCUGUUCUUUGUAUACCAUUGUGAAGUGCAGCAACUUGAGCCAAUGCACUUUUGUGCGAGGUUCUAUGUUGAUUUUGUGUUUCUGAUACCAGAUACAGCAGAUUAGAUGGUUUAUUUUUCAUGAGGCAUCUAAAGAAGUGCAUAAUGGGGGCGUCAGAUGUGUUAUCAGGCUAAAAUCCUUCUAACUUUGAGUGUAUGAAUAAUUUUUGUGCUAGUAGACUCACUGUGAUGCACUUUGAUUGACAUUAUCAACAGGAUGCUGUAUACCCAGGUUUCAUGUUGAAUAUCACUCUUCAUUAGAGCUUAUUUGCAGUCGCUACCAGUAUUUAAAACUAGGUAGUGUGAAAUUGGUUACUGUAGUGACCAGUCAGUGUAUUUCAUGUAGUCGUAUAUGAAGUCACUCGCAACCCGAAUAGUUCAACGGUAAUAUCUGUGAUUGCAGCAAUGUAUGAAGCGGAUGUAAACCUUUGAGGGACAGUUUUCUUGAGAUUUCAGAUAUUCCUUGCUGACCAGCACCAAUAAACAAUAAGCUUUGUCUACAAAAACGAUGAGUUCAAAACUGCCUAAUUCAAAAGUCGAACCAAAGAAGUUCGACUUCAUGGAAAUUUUUUCAGAAUCGUAUUCACUGGCACAAAAGCGUAACGAGGUAAACAAUUCAAAGAUCUUGGCUCUGCUUCCUGAUUAUGAUGUGAAAGCGAGUGAAGAUGACCCUCCUGCUGAAUCUAUUAUAGACACAGAAUCUGAUCUUAUUGGCCCUUCACCAGAAGAUCUUGAUUCUGAAAAUCCAUACUUCUUGCCAAUUACUGAAAAUUUAACUCUGUCCCAUGGAGUUAAACCACUCACUGCAAUAGGCAUUGAUGCAGCAGGUGCUCGUGUUGCUACAGGUGGUUUUGACUUUGAUGUGAAACUUUGGGAUUUUGGCGGUAUGGAUAGAGCUUGUCGUCCAUUCAAAGUUAUUCGUCCGUGUGAAGAGCAUCAAAUCAAACAUUUAGAAUUUAGCCCUUCUGGUGAAAAUCUUCUAGUUAUAUCCGGUUCAGCUCAAGCAUAUAUAGUUGAUCGAGAUGGAGAGCCUGUGUGUUACACAAACAAGGGUUAUCAGUAUAUCACUGAUCCAGCUAGUGCUAAAGGUCAUACGCAUGCAUUACACUGGGGUACAUGGCAUCCAUUGGAUUCGAAUAAACUACUCACUUGUUCACAAGAUUCAACAUUACGUAUAUGGGAUAUUAAUGAUGCUGAAGCGAUUAUUAAUGAGACACGUAUACCAAAUCAUAAAAUUGUAAUAAAACCGCGUAAUGCACAAGGAAGAAAAACUAGUCCAACAUCAUGUGCUUACACAAGAGAUGGGCAGUUAAUUGCCGCUGGUUGUCAAGAUGGUUCAAUUCAGAUGUGGGAUACACGUAAACCAUUGGUGAACACAAUUCAGUUAUGUCGUACAGCACAUCCUUUGAAUACUGAUAUAACGUGUGUUGCAUGGUCAUGGGAUAGUAAACAAUUAUUAAGUCGUGGAAUGGAUGAUACAAUGAAAUUAUGGGAUGCACGCGCAUUGUCUAAAGGUGCUGUACACGUAUUCUCAGAUUUACCAGCAUUGUUUAAUCAGACAGAAGUAACAUUUAGUCCAAAUGAUCAUGUACUUGCUGUCGCUGUAGGUGUACCACGGGGUGAUCCUAAGAAGGGUCAUAUAAACUUUUAUAGAAGAGAUAAUUUCGAGAUGAUUAAUCAAUUCAGUCCAUGUCAUGGAAGUGUUAUCGGGUUAACAUGGCAUCAUAGAUUGAAUCAGGUGUUUUGUAGUUCAUCUGAUGGCACAGCUAAUGUUUAUUAUGAUUCAAAAUUCAGUCAUAAUGGUGCUUUAAUGUGUGCUAAUCGACAAGCUACUGCUUCUAGUCGUCGACGUCAUACUGGUUCCGGUGAAGCUUAUAUGAAACCAAUUAUACUCACUUAUGAUGAAGAAGCUGUACGUAUUGCACGCAAAAGUAAAAAAUAUCUUAAUAAUACUGAAGUGGAAUCAGAACUUGCUAUGGCUGCAGUGAAUGCAAUUCUACAAAAAGAUCAUCAAACUGUACAAGCGGCUAAAGAAGAUGCAGCUAAACAACGAGUACCUAAUAAAGAAGAAUCUGUUGGCAAUCGAGUUGGUAGUUUGCAUCAAUUUAUGGUUCAACAAAUUGUGUUAAGAAAGAAUGAAGCUGAUGAACGCGCUGAGAAGGAUAUACGUGGAGCUAUUCUACGUCAUGCUGAUGAAGCAAAGAAACAACCAUUUUGGACUAAAGCUUAUCUAAAAACACAACCAAAUCCUGUUUUUUAUAAUCCUGAUGAAGAAGUUAAGAAAGAUGAUACUCCUGUUUGGAAGAAACAGAAAUUAGCCUAAAUGAUGUGUUAAUUAUUUGGUUGACUGUUUAAAAAUGAAAGCAUUGAAUCUUGUACACUUCAACUUUUUUUAUGUUUAAAUUGUACAGAUCAACCGAGUUCUUGUAUAAGGUAGUAACAUUUCAUGCUUAUAUUUUUGUUUUAACCUGUGUUUUUCUUUAUUAAAAAAACGGUUUUCACUUUGUAUAUAUAUAUUUUUUAUUCAAAUAAGUCUUUCUUGAUAAUAAAUGAUAAUGACAAU